AGAACCAGAAAGUAGUGACCAGUAUUUACUAAGUGAUUAUGAUUCUAAUGAAGAAAUAGAUAUAUUUAGCAGUAUAGAAUUUGAUAACUCUAAUGAGCCUAAUGCGGAACUAACAUUAACUAUUCAACCUUGGUAG